UGAUCCAGGUUGCUGCAUAGCGUUGAUGAGAUUGAGUCGACAAUCGAUGUUAGCCGGUAUGAUAUAAACAAUAUUAAAAGGGUUGAAAACCUUUAUUUAAGACUGAUUGUAAAUUAAAACAAAUACAUAGACAGAAAAAACAGUCCAAAUACUUAAUUUAGCUGCACAAGGUAGCUGCAAUCAAACACGUGCUAGCAAUUGCGAAACACAUGUACUAUAAUGCCACCAUACAAUACUGUGUUUAAUAUUUCAUUAUAAAAAUAAAUUUUAUAACACACGUAUGUAUUUACAGGAAAUAAGAGAAAAAGAAAAAGUAAGUAGAGGUUUUUGAACCACAGAAGAGAAAGAAAAAUACGAAGAUAUUUCGAAUGUAUAUGUUGCUCUAAGACAUAUUUAGGUAAAGAUACUAUAUACUAGUAGUAUUCUUGAGAUAUUCCAGAAUUGGUCACUGAAACAAUACUAUUCAGCGCAAGAAAUACAGGACAAAAUAUUGGAAAAAAAAACAACUAUAAAUGUCAAUAAUUUACUACAAAUUACAACAUGGACUACAAAAAAUAUUAUAAAUAUGAAAAUAAUAUAUAUCACUUACAUUUUUUAAACAAAAAAGGACUAAGACUAAAUGAAAUAAAAGAAAUAUGUUCAGUUUAUGGAAAAACUGUAUGUAUAUUUGAAACUGCUGACACCUAUGGCAUGAGGUUUAUAACAUUUAAAACAGAAGAAGAAACAAUAAAUUGUAUAAAAGGAUUAAAGGGCCACAGCUUUAUAGAAUUACUGCCAGAGAGAAAAUUUCGAAACACGAAUGAAAAAAAUAAAAAAGAUACUGAUUUUACCUCAAAUUGUAAUGAAAAUGCAAUUAAUGGAGAAAGAAACUCAUUUAUGUCUGAAAAUUUCGUACAAGAUCUGAAAAAUGAUUCUUCGGGAGAAAGAGAAUGGGAGAAGUACACUAAAAUAGAUAAAGAUGGAAAUUAUUGUUUACAUUUUUAUGAAAACAAUAAUCUUAAUAAAAAAGAAAUAGAAAACAUUUUCUCACGUUAUGGAAAUGUUAUGUCCGUUGUAUUUGGUCAUAAAAAUGGGAUUGACACUAAAAUCCGAUUUGUAGCAUAUAAAACAGUAAAUGAGGUAAUUAACUGUUUGAAAGGCUUACAAAACAAUAAAAAAAUAAAAAUACUACCACAAAAGCAUAUAAAUGAGACUAAAACAGGACUGAACAAAUAUAACAAGAAACAAACUAGAAAACAUUUAAAUUCUGAGCAAGCAGAAGAGCAACAAGAAAUGAUAGAAGAAAAUACCGAUGCGCGAAACAAAAUACCGUCAUUAUUGUCAAUCAAAAUACCGCCGUUAAUUUUAGACGACAAUGUAUCAGUUCAUCCAGAAAUAGAGCAUGGAGAAAUUAAUACGAAAAAAUCUCUUCAAACACAAUCUGUGAAUGAUUUGUCUGCCGGUAGACAAAAUAUUCCAUUACAAGAAGUAAUUGUUGCCAACAUCCACGAAAACUAUGGUACACCUUACAUCUUGCAUUUGCUUGAAAAAUAUGGACCUGUUGCAGCAACAUUUGUGAAAACAACAAGUAAGGAAAUACGAUACUGUAUAGUUUACCUCAAGAGUGUUCAAGAUGCGGUAGCUACGGAAGAAGAGUUAGACAAUUUUUGUUUGUCUGGGAAGAAUCUGAUUGUUCUACGACAUUCUCGCCUAACAAGAGAAAUUAUGAAUACAUAAUUAUUUUCUUAGAUUAAAAUAUAAAUCAUUGGUGAGAGCACAUAUAAUAUUUUGAUCUCCUUGAAACACACACAUCACAAUUUACACACAAAUAUAUUUACAUUUUCAAACAUUUACAUGUUUUUAUGUUACUGUUCUAUAUGUUGCAUUUUUCUAAUUGUUGUGUCUUUGUAACUUUUUAAUGUGCACGUAAUUUGAGAUAAAAAAAACUUUUUCUAAAAUAGGCUCAUUAAUUAUAGUAUAUUAUAGGGAUGAUCAGAAAUUAUCAUUAUGUGUAAUUUGAGAAAAUUAAUGUGAGAAAGACAUUUUACAUUUUUUUAUGUUACUAUUCUAUAUAUUGCAUCUUUUUAACUUUUUAACAUGAUAAUUUUGAAUAGAAUAAAGAAUGAGGUUAAUUUUAAUGAAA